UUCCGCCCUCCUCUCUCUCGCUUCCAUCUUGCUCCCCGCAUGUGUCUGCUGUUAGUUUACAGGUCAGUGAGGAGCUUUAAAUACCUUCUUCCCUGCACUGUUUCCCCUCGAUACGACGGCCAGAGAUGAAAGAAGCAGCGAUGAAUCAAGAAAAACUCGCUAAACUACAGGCCCAAGUCCGCAUCGGCGGAAAGGGCAGUGCUCGCAGAAAGAAGAAGGUCGUACACAGAACAGCCACCGCAGACGACAAGAAGCUCCAGUUCUCCUUAAAGAAGCUCGGUGUCAACAACAUUUCUGGUAUUGAGGAGGUCAACAUGUUUACAAAUCAAGGAACAGUCAUCCACUUCAACAACCCCAAAGUGCAGGCCUCCCUCGCCGCCAACACCUUCACCAUCACCGGCCACGCUGAGACCAAACAGCUGACCGAGAUGCUGCCGGGCAUCCUGAACCAGCUGGGAGCAGACAGCCUGACGAGCCUCAGGAGACUGGCCGAGGCUCUGCCCAAACAGGGUCAGUCCCCCCGGGGUGUUUUAUUUAAACACAUCAGGACUCUCAAUCUUUUACAAUCGAUCGGCUAAAAUUGCAUUAUUAAUAUUUAAUGUGUGUACAAACAUGGUACACUUUAUCAGCAUGCAGUUACACAUUUUGUCCACUAGAGGGCAUUCCAAAAUUACAGAAAGCAAUAUUUUCUCCACAUAUAAUUUUUGUAAAGUUGUCUUUGGUGUCGUAGAGUUUCACACCUCCUACAGUGAUGGGUGCACAGCUCGUAAUUGCGUACCUAGGCUCAGGUUAGCGUACUAAAUCCUUAAAUCCACAAUCCUGUGAGAUGUUAAGGGGUCAAUAAGAGGCCAAGAGAAGAAGAGUAGGGUUCAGAAACGGUAGAAAACACAUUUAAAAUUACAAAAACACAUAUUGGAGUACAGAUUUCAGCUUUUGCGUUUUGUUUUUUUUUGUUUCAAGUUUUAUUCAAAUCUUGAAUUUCGUUCCAACGCUCCUAAAACACAUUUGAGCGAGUCAUAAUGUAGCAUGUAGCGCUCUAUUAAUUCAUACUGGGGACGCCAAACUGGAGAUUUUCCCACCAGUUUAUAAUAUUCAUGUCUCUGCAUAACUGUAAUAUGAUACUAUCUUCCUUUUUCUUGACUUUCAGUGACAAACUUUGCCUGCAACACUUAGCAGGGCAACAAGAGUGAGUGCUGUCAGAAAGGGCCCCCUUAGGGAGGUUUCCUACUGUCAUUGCAAAAUUUGCACAGGCGGCUACUGCUGUGGUGUGAAGUUUGUGAGCUCUCAGGGACCCCCCCUACUGGUCUGCUGCCCCAAGCAGUUGCCUGCCUUGCCUAGUUUAGGUACCUUCUAACCGCUGCACUUUGACGAACAGUUAUCAAACUAUGAAUAUUUGUUAACACCAUUGACCAGUUUUCACUCAGUAGGGUUACAUGGCGCUAGAUAGUCAAAUUUCUGAUCGUAUCAGACACUGUUUGGACUUUUUAAAUGCAUGUAAACAUCUCAGUCCGACCUACAUCGGACCAAACUCGGACCAUAACGGACAUCUCAUAAUCGGAAGAGAACACCUCGAUAAGUCGUUCAUAGUCGGCAAACUAACAGCGUGUAAACUCAGCCGUCGUAUCGUAAUCGGAUUUUGCGUUCUGCGCAUGCUUGAGAAUUUCCGCCGGGGCUUUCACCCGGAAGUGGAAGGAGACGACGUAAUAAAUAGCAGUGUUGUUGCCUGAAACGGCGUCCUUCUGCUGUUAUCGCUGCAGCCAACAGAUCCGCUGUUCUUCUAAUAUACAUUAUUAGAAUGUAAAUAAUGUACGUAGCUGUAGCGUCGUCCAUCUCCUCGUACGCCAUCUUUGUUCGAAUGCCGCCAGAUAGUUUGUUGUUGCUGUGACGUACAGGUGAACAGGAAGUGGCUCUAUAACCACUUGUUGAAAGAGGUACAGCGCCACAUAGCGUAGCGGAGUCAGCCGUGCUCCGGCCAUUUAUACGAUUCUCUGACCGGCAGAUAUACUCAGACAAGUGACAGCUGUCCGUUCGAGUAGCAAAUCGGUAUCUGGCUCAGUCCUAUCAAGCUAUCUCAUGUAAACGCACUGACUGAUGUCCCCUGAUAAGUGGAGUCAGGACUACUCCUUUUAUUUCAUUAGCAGCCACUUCAAGCAGUAAAGAAAAGCCAGUUACCACCACAGCAUCCUAAGCUCACAUCUGUAAUCUGGUGUAGUCGAACUGCUCAGACGGGAAUCUUCCCCUUCAGCGUUUAUUGUUUCUGGCCAUCGGUCGGUUUAAACUGCUGUUCCAGCUUCUCACACAUCAUCUUCUUUUUUUUUUUUUGUUCCUCCAGCUGUAGAUGGAAAAGCGCCAAUUGCAA